AGUCAGUGUGCGUACUCUGUCUGUGGGGUUAACGUGUGGGAGUAGGGGAGAGACUCUCGACGAAAACCGAUUCACGGUCAGCCGAGGAGGCGGCGGAGGAGGACCGGCGGCUUUUGUAAUGUUGUCGCCGCCGAGAUGGGCUUCCUCCAAAAAAAAGGCCAAAAAGUAAACAGAAACCGAGGCAGCGGUUAGUAGCUAAUGGCAACAGGGGAUGAGGAAGCCAGCGGAUUGACGCCACCCGGUUCUAUGGUUGUUUUGCUGAAACGAACAAACAUCUGUAUAUUUCUUCAAAAGGCUUAAACACUCAACACGAAGAGACGGUGAGUGACAGCAAAGUUUGAUGGUUUCCACUGAGAUUUUGUUUGUAUACGCUGUGGUCAUUUUGGCAGUUUCGAGUUAGCUAACAGGUAGCUCCAGCAAGCUAACAUUCAUACAAGUGGGUUAGUGUUUUAGAGGCGAGAAAGACUAAAAACAAACACUUACUGACCAAUUUCGACCUUUUAUGGUGUAUACACCGGUACAGUUAUUGCCUCUCAUUGUCUAUUGAAAUACCAAUCGUUGACAACACAACCAGUCUAUUUGUAGCCUAUUUAAUGCUAACAUAACCAAGCUAAUUCGUGAAGAGCUGUGGGUGUAUUGAGCUGAAAGCAUAAUGUGACUUUUCUCGCCCUUUUCUAUUCAGUUAUGUGAAAAAGUAACAGGAUGAAUUGAUAGUUUGCUACUAUUAGGCUUGCUGACUGUAAUCACAUUAAAUUAAUUUAACAUAGUCCACAAUUACUAAUAUCCUGAUCCUGUAAACUGAGUUCAUAUAGUUUCAGCUUAACUUGCUCUGCAACCACAACUUUGCAUGAGCUGUUGUUGUUUUAAUGUUGCUGCUGUCUCUCUUUCUCACCCUCGUUCUCUAUUCUCUCUCCCUCCCUCACUCAUUCUCUCUCUCCUUCCCUCUAUCUUGCUCUCUUUCUCUCCCCCUGCCCUCUCUCCUACUCCUCUCUCUCUCUCUUUCCCUCCCUUUAUCUCUCUGUAUUCCUCCCCAACCCAGCAGCGACUUGGUGGCUGUCUUACAUGAGUCUGGUCCUGCUCAAGGUUUCUGCCUGUGAAAAUGAAGUUUCGCUUUGCCUCUUCUGCUCUUUUUUUUUUUGGAAAGCAUUUAGGAUGACAACUGUUGUGAAUUGGCGCUAUAUAAAUAAAAUUUGAUUGAUUGGUUGACAUUGCUCCCAGCUACCUUAUUUAGUCCCAGGACACAGGACCAUAUAAAUCUUUUUUUGACUUGUUUGAACUUUCAGGUUAUGAAACUGACCCAACCAGAUUGACCCAAACCUUUGGCUUUUCUCAAUCGGUCAAUUUGAAGAACAAAGACAGAGUUGUGUAUUACCUUUCAGACUGACUCCAUCUCUGAACAUCUACAUAAUCAUUCACAUCUCAGCCCAUGUCUCCCAUUUCAGAUUUACUGACUUACUGACCCCAAAGAAAGGUCCGAGGACCUGAACGCUGACCUGUCAUAUAACCCCUGCUAAAAACUGCAUUCCUUUCCUGAAAGAAUACAAAUGACUGAUAAUGAAGUCUAAUGCUUUUGGCAAUGUCCUAACCUUCUUAUAAUGAAAUUUGUGUUAAAAUAAGAUGUGUCCUGUUUUUCUGCGUGGUCCACAAGCCUAUCUAGAGUUCUGACAGCAUUUGAGAAGGUUUUAGUUUAGACCCUCUUUCUUGUGAACAGCUCAGCACUUGGUCGUGUGGUGCUUCAGAUGAUUUCAGCAGCAGUGGCUUUGAUGGUGAUGUAGAGGUUUCAUUAUUACUUCUUCAAUCAGUCUUUAUUUGCAUAGCAAUUUUUAUACAGAAACAAUGUAGCACAAAGUGCACAUAGCAUAGGAACUAAAGAAACAAAAAACCCUUAUCCAAAUCAUUAAGAUUAGGUGCAGUCCUCAGGCCUUCAGGUAAGCUGUUCGAUAGACAGGGGCCGUGGUAAUAAAAAGAUGCCUCACCGUAUGUCUUGGUUUUAACUUUAGGUAAUGUUAACAGAGAACUGCCUAAAGACCCGAGGGCUCUACCCGGCUCAUAAGGUAAAAGCAGAUAAGAUCAAUAAAAUGGGCCAAAGCCAUUAAGAGCUUUAAAAACCAACAAAGCAACCUUUAAAUCUAUUCUAAAAGAGACAGGUAGCCAAUGCAGAGACCUAUUCUUCUACUCGCCCUAUACUGUGCCUCUAGCACUGCUUGUUAGCACCUGUGUCCCUUUUACCUUGGGGCAGUUUGUUGCUCUUACUCAUGUUGUUGCCUCCUGUCUAAAUCGUUCCUUACUAUGAAUUUACUCCAAGAUGAAGAUCACAUCCAUGAAAUUAAAUUUUAACAGGUUACCAAACAGUUGAUGUUAUAGUUUUAUUCAGUCAUCUGACUGUUUCAGAUCUAUUUCUAUUUUGGUUUUGAGUUUGACUCAUCAUGUUUCAUUUUUUUGGUGCUCUGUUCUUUAUUUUUGUCAAGUUCAGCUCAAAUUUUCUUAUUUCUUUCCCUUACAGAAAAGAUGGAGAUGCUUUGUUUCCGUUUACCGAGCCACGGGGACACAACCCUGAAACACAUGAAUUCACUGAGAACUCGCCAGCACUUCUGUGAUAUCACCAUUGUGGCCAGCAAUAACCAGACAUUCAGGGGUCAUAAGGUGGUGUUGGCUGCUUGCUCCCCCUUCUUAAGGGACCAGUUCCUCCUUAACCCAUCCUCCAAGCUCCAGGUAAGAAUACACCAACUCAUAUUAUAUCACACUAUAUCAGUGCAGCCUGCUAAACUCAUAAAAUGUUUCUCAAUCUUGUUUCAGGUUUCAAUGCUGUACAGCGCCACAGUGGUGUGUGAUCUGCUCCACUCUUGUUACACCGGCAUCCUGCAGUUUAACCCAGAGGAAAUCGUGAACUACUUGACUGCUGCUAGCUACCUACAGAUGGAGCACAUAGUGGAGCGCUGCCGUGGAGCACUGAAGAAAUAUGUACAGCUGAAAAACCCCAACUCGCCAAAAGUGAGUUACCAAAAGCAGUCACGUUGCUUGUUCUUAUAUUGUGAAUAUAUUAUUAAGUCAAUGAAAGUAAGUUGUUCUGUUAAAAUUUCAUUUUCCUCGUAGCCUGUAAAUCUUUCAAGUUUCCAAGUUCCAUAUAACCUUAUUGUUUCUGUUUCGAACACUUGAGGUGGUGAAGGUUUCUUUCAUUUUAUCUUCUGUUUCUACCUUCAGAUGACUUCAGAGGAAACAGCGUCCCAGCCGGUGAUUGUCAGCGGUAGUGUGCGAUCUUUCUCACCUGCCUCUCCACCCACGAGUCGACCCUCCCCCGUGGACACACACAGUCCUGCAGUGCGCUCAGCAGUAGAGGAGAAAAACCUCCCAGUGACUUACCAGGGCGCCACUGUGAACCAGGGAACCAGUCCAAUACCCAAUGAGCAAUGUAUAAAGGUUUGUGUCACAGUCUGCAAGUGUUCAGGGCACAAAAGAGCCAGGAGUCUACCAGUCUCGCCAGCCUUGAUGCAAACUCCCCCAACUAAAGCCAGUCUCUAAUCCUGACCGGUGUUUGGACACAGACUCAUGGGGAAAGAGGUUCAUUUGCUUCCUCUGUUCUUGCAGGACUGUGGUAUUGAUUCAUAAAAGGUCUAUGCAGAGGAUCAGUGAGGGGUGAUUACAGGGAAGUUGGAAAGAAAACAGGGUUACGGGAUUUAAAGGGGGAAAGAGGACAGGAUUGACACAGAAAAGAAGCUUUUAGGGGUUACAAAACAAUCCCUUCUGAGUGGGUAUUAUAUGUCUCAGUUUUGAGGGUUCACAUGAGGAUACGAAAAGUAUGAAAGCAUGCAACAAGAUCUUUUUUUUUUUCAAUUUCAGCCUCUCAAAUGUGUUUGUAUUAUUUUAUUUAUCCAAAGCACUGACAUUUUACUGGUUUGGGGUUUUUAUGUGAAAGCUGAGGACAUAAUAUUCUCUGUCUUUUCUGUGUUUUAGGUUCCUGGAUCAGACGAGGAGGACGAGUCCAGACAGGAGGACUAUGAUGUACUCAGGGUGUACAUUUCUGAAGAGGAGCAGCUGAUCAGAGACAGAGAGGAGGAGAAAGAAGCCCCCUCUGAUGUGGUUCAGGAUGAAUUUAACUCAAAGGCAGAGGGUGUUGUGAUAGGAGGAGAGAGCAGUGAAUUUGACCUGAAUCCAGUAGGGGGUGUUGUCAGUAUUGGGGGACUUACAUCAGAGGGGCUUCAGGCUUUCAGGCGCAAAUUGUUGGACCCUAAAGUCAGCCAGGGCAGAGGAAGAGGCAGAGGGCGGGGUUUUAAGAGGAAAAAGUGGAUGGCAUUGUCAGAGAAAAGAGCUCCUGGGAUGGACCACAACCCAGAUUUGUGGUAUCUUGCAGCAGCAGAGAUGGGAGGGGGUUUGGGGCUGGACUUCAGCCAAGGGGGCCCUAAAAGAGACAGUUACAUAUCAGUGGAAUUACCGCAGAUAGACUUCAGCGUGGGCGAUAAUCAGGGAGAAAAGGUCUCACCAGUGGGCGCCAACAGUCUGUCCCAGUUCGCUUUAGAGGAGAGUGGUGGAGGUGCUGGAGAGGGGAGUUCAGGACUGACGACCGUAGAAACAAACGAGGGCGGGGAUGAGUCCGUGGCAGUGGUGGGAUCCACGUCAAGCGUUGUCGGGCCUGUAAUCUGCGAGCACUGCGGCAUGACUUUCCCCUCCCCCCACUCCCUCGCCCUCCACUCCCGCUCCACCCACCUGCUGUACUCCUGCCCCUGCUGCGGCAAACACUUCCACCACUCGGCCAACCUCACCCGACACAUGGCGGUCCACCGAGGCGCCGGCAAAACCCACCAGUGCCCUCUGUGCUACAAGACGUUCACCCAGAAAUCCACUCUAAUAGACCACAUGAACCUGCACAGCGGAGAGCGGCCACACCGCUGCGCGUACUGCCACGCCCGCUUCGCUCACAAGCCCGCUUUACGGCGCCAUCUGAAGGAGCAGCACGGGAAAACCACGGGGCAGAACUUUCUGCAUGAGCAGGAGGAGAGGGAGAGAGCGAGAGGAGCAGCCGGGACAGUUCGAGUAGAAGAGCAAGAAUAUCUGGUUACUGAACAAGGGUCGUAGAAUGAGGCGGGUACACUGUGACGAGUGCAAAGGUCAGCAAAAUGACCUCAUGGUAAUCAAGCAGGGGCUGGAUACUAAUCAUGAGGCCUUAAAAACUCAGAAUGUGAAGAAAACUUUAAAGUCCAGAGAUGCAUUAGCGAAACGGAUGAUGGAUUUUGGUACGAAUGGCUGGGACAGCACAGUCUUUAACACUCCUAUAUCGUGUUUUUGAUUCAUCAUAACAAAAAUCCCAUGAGUUACUAAUAACAUGAACUAUGGCUGUGUUGUAAUCAUCAGUUUCAGAUGAUUGUGAGCCUUAAAACUGUAUGACCGAAACAGGAAUUUAGCCCUUGUUAUCUUAAAGUACUUACACCUGAGCUUUCAACACUGUAACAUGCCAAAAGGCCUUUCUCAAACUGGACCCCACAGUGAGGAUCACCGCUGAAUUAACAAGCCGUUUCCAAACGUUUCAGCCUGGGAUCUGAAAACAGCAGAACUAGAGACUGGUGACGCCCCACUGUCCAUCAAGGUUACUAAAUGUUGCCCAUAAUAAUCUCUGCAUUGACCACAGAUGUCAUGGCAGAAAACUGAUUACACAUUGUGUAUGAAGAGAUUGAGUCUGAAUUCAACUUCUUUUUUUUUUUUUUAACUUUAUAUUGUCCCUCUGAUCGCUUCUUAGCAGCCGUCUCAAACCCAGCAUUCUGGGAGCCUCCUCCACUGUUGCCAAGAACCAUUUGUGUUUCUGUUGACAAAUUUGAUCGUCAAAUAUGAUUCCAUUUCCUGUGGUGACACGAUUUUGGGCAAAUCUCAUAUUGAUCUCACUGUAUCUAGUGUGACUUUUCGAACAAGCUCUUCAGAGCACCCUGUAAUCCCAUCUGGGGAUAACUUCAACACACAUCCACCUUGUAAUCUGAAACUUUACUCUUGCAUAGUACUGACAUUUAACAUUUUUACCUAACAUUUGCUUUCGAAAUAUGAUUACAGAGACGUUAUUUCAUAUAACAAAAUAUUUCCUUUUGUUUUGGGAAGCGUCUUAGGAUCUCCCAGGGGGCCGUGAUUAGCUUUGGGAACCACUGAAAAAGCACCAUUCAUGGAAUAACAGCAGCUAUUUUUGGAAUUAACUCCAAAACAGGAAUUUUUAAAACUCCAGUGACAUGUCAGCCUGUUGGUUGUUUUCAUAAACAAGCAGUCUAAAAAAAAAACACUCCACAAUGUGAAAUGAAACCAUCUCCUUUAGUGGCAUUUCUUUUUUUGUUAAACCUCUCAUUGUUUCCAUUCUGAUGUUUAUAAAAAAAAUACAACAAAAUCCUCAAAACAUCAAAAAUAUCUUGUUUUAUUGUCCAUAGGUAUCGUAUUCUUGUUUGGAGCAGGUCACACCAGUUUGGAUGUGAUUCAAAAACUGGUUCCAUGGUAAACAGUUAACACUGGGGAGUAAGUCGUCAAUGCAGACUCACAUUUAAUCCACUGUACUCCCAGUCCAUACUCAGAGGUUUUGGACAGCACUCAAAGGGAGGGGUAUGAGAAAGGCCGUAUGACUGUAAGCCAAAAUACUCCACACUAAAGCCGAGGGGGUUUCCAGAGCUGCCCCUCACAGCCUCUUCCAGCACAUUCUCCUCCGUAUUCAUGGAGGAGAAAUGAAUACAGAGGGUCUGCCACAGUGAGUGUGGUGUGGAGCGAGUUGAUGCUGGCUUAGUGAUGUAAUGCUGUUUGUUUGUCUGUGCCUCCAGUCGGCACCGAUAAACUGCUUUUAUCAAGAUUGAGUGAUUUUCAUGAGUAUACUAAAAGAUCAUUGAUAUAAACUUAUAAGUGACGUAUUAUCACGGCUUCAUACAGUUAAAAAGUUCAUGCUGCAUUAGGGAGGGGGCACUCAAGAGUGGAGUGGCUAAGUGGAAUUCAGCCCGCGUUAUCUUAAUUAUCCACACCUGUGAUUCUCACACUGUGACACGUCUAAGAUGGUUUUCAUGACACUUGAUGAGUUUGAGAACUGUAAUCUUACACUUGAACGUAUGUAUUUCAUGUUGAGUAUAAUGUAUAGCCACUUCAAAUGAAAAGAUGUUGUAAAUCAUAUAAGUAAAAAUUGUGAUGAUGCUUUUUAAGA